UCUUCCCCUUUUGUUUUCCAUAUCUAUCGGGGAGGAGAAGUCUCUGCAACCUUCGUCACCGCCACUGAUUUCAAAUCUUCCGUUUCCGAUUUAGAGGGGAUACUGUUUCAAAUAUGGGUUCUCAUGGUAAGAGUAGCAGAGACAGAGAUAGAUAUGCGAAGCAGAAGAAGCGGAGAGAUGAGUCUGAGUCUGAGUCCGACUCUUACUCCUCUGAAUCGGACGGUUCUGAUGAUUUGUCCCCGCCCAGGAGUUCCAGGAGGGGGAAGGGCAGAAGCAGCAGCAGCCGUCGACGCCGUUAUUCAAGCGAUGAUUCCUCUGAUAGCGAUGGUGGGCGGAAGAGUAAGAAGAGAACUUCUUCGUCUAAGAAGCCUUCAGAGGAAGAAAUCAAGGAGUAUAUCGCCAGAAAGGCUCAGAAGAAGGCAUUACGUGCAGCAAAGAAACUGAAGACUCAGUCAGUGUCUGGGUACUCCAAUGACUCAAACCCGUUUGGAGAUUCGAAUCUCACGGAGACAUUUGUGUGGCGGAAGAAAAUUGAAAAAGAUGUUCACCAUGGAGUACCGUUGGAGGAGUUUUCGGUUAAAGCUGAGAAAAGAAGACGGGGAGAAAGAAUGACAGAGGUUGAAAAGGUUAAGAAGAGGAGAGAAGAGAGAGCAGUGGAGAAAGCUCGACAUGAGGAAGAAAUGGCAUUAUUGGCUAGAGAACGUGCACGAGCUGAGUUUCAAGACUGGGAGAAGAAGGAGGAGGAGUUCCAUUUCGAUCAAAGCAAGGUGAGGUCAGAGAUCAGAUUGCGUGAAGGGCGACUGAAGCCUAUUGACGUCCUCUGUAAGCACUUGGAUGGUUCAGAUGAUAUGGAUAUCGAGCUCAGUGAACCUUACAUGGUUUUCAAGGGACUCAGUGUUAAAGAUAUGGAAGAGCUUCGUGAUGAUAUCAAAAUGUAUCUGGAUUCAGAUCGGGCAACUCCAACACGCGUACAGUAUUGGGAGGCACUUAUUGUGGUAUGCGAUUGGGAGUUAGCUGAAGCUCGUAAAAGGGAUGCUUUGGACCGUGCUAGAGUUAGAGGGGAGGAGCCUCCUGCAGAAUUGCUUGCUCAAGAGAGGGGACUACACGCUGGUGUUGAAGGUGACGUGAGAAAACUUCUUGAUGGGAAGACCCACUUGGAGCUUGUAGAACUGCAGUUGGACAUCGAGUCCCAGCUGCGUUCUGGGUCAGCGAAAGUAGUAGAGUAUUGGGAAGCCGUUCUUAAACGCCUCGAUAUAUACAAGGCAAAGGCUUGCUUGAAGGAAAUACACGCUGAGAUGCUGAGGAGACAUCUACACCGCCUCGAGCAACGUUCAGAGGAUGUAGAAGUUAAUCACCGCUUAUCACAUGUGGCUGAAGGAAACGAGGAGGAGAUAAACGAUAUGAAUCAUUCAGAUGCUGAAGAAGCAUUCUCUCCAGAGCCUAUUGCGGAGGAAGAAGACGAAGAAGCUGAUGUGGAAGCAGAAGCGGCUGGUUCGUUUUCGCCAGAGCUCAUGCAAGGUGAUGAUCGUGAAGAAGCAAUCGAUCCCGAGGAAGACAAGAAGCUACUGGAAUUGAAACGGAUGGUUGUGCUGGAGAAACAGAAGAAGCGGAUGAAAGAAGCUAUGGUGUCAAAACCACCACCUGUGGAAGAUAACUUGGAGUUUAAAGCAAUGAAAGCAAUGGGAGAAAUGGAAGAAGGAGAUGCUGUAUUUGGCUCUAAAGCUGAAGUGAACCUUGAUUCUGAGGUAUACUGGUGGCAUGACAAGUACCGGCCAAGAAAACCGAAGUACUUCAACCGAGUCCACACAGGUUACGAGUGGAAUAAGUAUAACCAGACUCACUAUGAUCACGAUAACCCGCCUCCAAAAACCGUUCAAGGGUACAAGUUCAACAUCUUCUAUCCAGAUUUAGUAGAUAAGAUCAAGGCUCCCACGUUCACUAUAGAAAAAGAUGGGACAAGCUCCGAAACUUGUAUGAUCCGGUUCCAUGCUGGUCCGCCUUAUGAAGACAUUGCGUUCCGGAUUGUGAAUAAGGAAUGGGAGUAUUCUCACAAGAAAGGUUUCAAAUGCACGUUUGAGCGUGGGAUUUUGCAUCUGUACUUCAACUUCAAACGACACCGUUACAGGCGAUAAACUGAUUGGUGUUUGGCCGGAGAAUACGAUGUUGGCAGUUUAUUAAGCCUUGUUCGUAACAAAAUGGCAAAAUACACACUCUUGAUUGUGGGAACCAGAUCUGGACUGUUGUUUUCUAAGAUGAGAAGAAUAUGUACUAUGCUACACUAUUUUCAUUGAAACUGAUUAUCAAACAUAAUAGAAGAAAGUCAGUUUGUCUCAAUA